CGGCCCCACAGCGCCCCCAGCGGCGCCUCGGCCGCCGGGCGGGAUGCGGGGCGCUCGCAGGCGGCUCUGCUCCGCCUUGCUGGUCGCCUACGGCCUCUUCUCUCUCUACGCCGCCUACAGCGUCUUCCUCCGGCCCCACCGAGCCGCCGUCCCGCGCCCGCCGCCCCGGGACCGCCGCGGGGCCCGAGCACAUGUUUCCUUUGGAAAUGAAGAGUGGAAUCCAUGGGAAGAAGACGAGAAAAAUGAACAGGUUGCUUCACAGCAGAGAUAUGAAGCUAAUGUUCAGAUGAUAAAAAAUGCAAGAUCUCAUCUAGAAGAAACCAGUCUUACGGUACAGAUUUGGGGCAAAGCAGCAGUUGGUCUUUACCUUUGGCAACAUAUAUUUGAAGGGCAACUUGAGCCAGCUGAUGUGACUGCACAGCGGAGAGAAGGAAGCCAAACAGUAGGAAAAACAUAUUUCAGUUUCAUCACUGGUCCGUCUGUAGUUCCUGGUUACUUCUCAGUUGAAGCUGAAAAUGUUGUGCUAGUUCUGAAUGGAAGAGAAAAAGCAAAGAUCACUUAUGCCACUCAGUGGUUGCAUUACGCACAAACGUUAAUUCAGACUCACAAAAUACAGCAUGUAGCGGUUGUGCUGCUUGGAAAUGAGCAGUGCAACAAUGAAUGGAUCCAACCAUACCUGAAAAGACAUGGAGGAUUUGUAAAUCUACUCUUUGUUACCUAUGACUGUGCAUUGGUAAAUGAAGAAGAUAUUUUCCAGUGGCCUUUAGGAGUAGCAACGUACAGAAAUUUUCCAGUUGUAGAACCCAGCUGGUCAAUGCUACAUGACCCAAGAUCACAUCUAUGUAACUUCUUAGGAACAAUUUAUAAGAACUCUUCUAGGGAAACCCUAAUGGGAAUUCUGAAGCAGGAUGGGCUUGAUAAACUUUGCUGGAUUGCAGCCAGAGAACAAUGGCAGCCUCAAGAAACAAAUGAAAGUUUCAAAAACUAUCAAGAUGCCUUGCUGCAGAGUGACUUGACGUUGUGCCCAGUGGGAAUAAAUACAGAAUGCUAUAGAAUUUACGAAGCUUGUUCAUAUGGAUCUCUGCCUGUUAUAGAAGAUGUAAUGACACCAGGUGAUUGCGGAAAUUCAUCAAUGUACCACAGUGCUCCAUUACAAUUAUUAAAAGCCAUGGGGGCUCCAUUUAUCUUUAUUAAAAACUGGGAAGAGCUUCCUGCUGUUCUAGAGAAAGAGAAAAAAAUGAGCUUACAAGAAAAGAUUCAAAGGAGAAAAAAACUUAUAGAAUGGUAUCGAAACUUCAAAGCACGGAUGAGACAGAAAUUUAUUAAUGCUUUGGAAAAAUCAUUUUUGGCCAGUGAUAAGGGAUAAAUUGUCCCUUUUGACAAUCUAGAAUAGACUGAAAGUUUAAUUUCAAUUAACCUUCCAAGGAAUCUUUUAUACAAAAGAAA